UCUCUUGUUAAACUUCCCAUUAACUUCUUUGUUGAAUAUUACAGCAUCCAUUCCAUCAAAAGUUUGAGUCUUGAGAAAUCAACAACCAUUAAGAAUGGGGCGUGCAAAAGUAGCCAUAAAAAACAUCAAUAAUGAAAAAGUUCGCAAAAUAACUUUUAUGAAUAGAAAAAACGGAUUAACAAAAAAAAUUUCUGAUUUUUCUAUCAAGUCUGGAGCCAAAGCUUGCUUGAUUGUGUAUGAUGGUGAUGGUAAUGUUGCGCCAACAAUAUGGCCACAAGACCCUACACUUGUAAACUCAAUGCUUCAAGAAUAUGAGAAUCAAAAGAUUGGAACAUCUCCUAAGAUUUUUGAUAUCAAAGACUACUUCAAAAUUAAGAAGGAAAUCGUUGAAGCUGAAAUUUUAAAAGUGAAAAAAGCUAUAUCGAGGAACAAGUUUCCAACUUGGGAUCCAUCUUUCAAUAACAUGCAAGUGGAGCAUCUUACAACUUUCAUGGAAACUAUAAAUGCUAAGGUUCAAGAUUGUAAUGAAAAAAUAAACAUGAUGAAAAAUAUCCAAGAAAUUGAAACUAAUUUCUUGCAUAACACAUCUCACAUGCAAAAUAUGGUUCCAGAGAGUGUUGACUCCUCAAAUUCAAGCCAAAUCAAUGUCAUUCAAAGCAUCCCUCAAAUGGAACAAUACAUCCAUGAUCCUAUGGAAUUACCACUUGAUGAUGUUUAUGAGAUGGUGGAUUUAACUAAUGACGUUGAUUUGCCUCCAAAUUCAUCAACAAACCAACUUUGUCAACUUGUGGAGUGUGAUGAUUUAGAGGUUAAGCCUAUUAAUGUUUGUCAACUUGUGGAGUGUGAUGAUCUAGAGGUUAAGCCUAUUAAUGUUUGUCAACUUGUGGAGUGUGAUGAUUUAGAGGUUAAGCCUAUUAAUGAACGAGUCAAUCAAUUUGCUGAUGUUGAUGAUUGGACCAAUCAACUUGACGAUGAUAUUUUGAAUUGGAUUCGUCAACCUGAUCAGUUUUCUUGGAAAGAUAUUUCCUUUUUACCUCCAAGUGAGCAUGAAAGUGCAAGUUUGAAUGCAUUGACCCAACCAAAAUAUGGUUUUUAAACAUAUUGCUGAAUUAUGUUCUAAACUUGGUUAUUCAAAGAUACCACUAUAUUAGAAGUUCUUUUUUAGUGUGUUGUUGUAUUUCAAGUUUUUUAGUUUCCAGCUUUAUGUUUUGCUCUCCUGUUGAAUUUUUGUAGAGAUUUAUGUCUUUUGGGUACAUGUUUGUGUUUUGUUUUACAUUAAAUGAAUUUGGUUUUAUUUUA